GUAAAUACGUUCGUUUAUGUAAAAAAAGAAAGAAAAAAAGAAGAAGCCUCAGAGACUUGUUGUUCGAAGGUACUACGCAUACAUUAAAAUAAGAAUCGUGGCUGAAUUCAAUCUAUUGAAAAUCGUAGCUGGUAAAUUUUGAUUGAUACGAUGAUAGUAUACAUUAUAGAAGAUCUAUAUUAAAUUCUAAUGAUAAGAGGAGGAGGAUGGAUCUGCCACUGACAGAGAAGGAUAUAAUCUCCAUAUCCUCCGAUUUUGCCACUAUGAUCACAAUUUGUAAAAAGCAUAUAUUAAAUUUGGAAGAUGAAGCGCAGCGUCACUUGGACGACUAUUUAGAAGAAUUGGCUCAUAUCACGUUCGGAGCUGAUUCUACUCUCGACGAGCAUAUGGAAUUAUGGCUGAAAGACUUGAAGACUCGUUUGACCGAAUACGAGUUCUACGGUCGAGCCACGGCGCUGAGGACGUAUCUUUACCCCAGUAAUUAUCUCCACACGUUGAGAACACCGACGAAGAAAAUGGGAGUCGAGAGGACCAAGAUACCUGUCCACAACAUCACGCUUCCGGUGGAAAAAGAGGAUUUGCUUGUCUCCUUCGUAAGACCUAGACAGGGUAGGAACAGAAAAUGUGUACCGAUACGAAGUAUCAGCGUCUGCGGGAUGUGAAAUAAUUGAACGCGUGU